AUGCAACCAUCCAAGACCAUUCUUGUGACAGGAGCCUCCGGCUUUGUAGCCGCUCAUAUCAUCGAAGCUUUUAUCUCUGCCGGCUAUGAUGUCCGAGGCACAGUUCGUUCUGAAGCUACGGCGGAGAAGGUCAGGCGUACAUUCCCACGAUACGGCGAACAGCUAAGCUUUGCCAUUGUUCCCGACAUUGUCAAGGAUGGUGCCUUCGACGAAGCAGUCAAAGGCGUCGAUGGAAUCAUGCAUACGGCUUGCCCAGGUGCUACUGAAACAGACAGCAACGAGCGAGAUAUUGUGCAACCUGCUAUCAGCGGGACUAUUAACAUUCUCAAGUCCGCCCAAAAGCAUGGACUUCAGGUCAAGCGCAUUGUCAUUACCUCUUCCUUCGCUUCCAUGAUCGACAUGUCCAAAGGUACCUGGCCCGGUCAUACCUACUCCGAGAAAGACUGGAACCCCAUGACCUACGAACAGGCUGUGAGCGAAGGCACCUCCAGUGUGCAAGCAUAUCUUGCUGCAAAGAAAGUCGCAGAGCGAGCUGCAUGGGACUUUGUCAGAGACGAAAAUACUUCCUUUGACCUCGUGACCAUCUUGCCGCCUAUGAUUUACGGCCCUAAUAUCAAUGCUACACAUGUGUCGCAGUUGAACAUCACCUCAGCUGAUAUAUACCGGUUCAUGUCUCCGGACUCGAAGCCAAGUGAUCCCAUACCUGACAAUGGAUUCUGGUCCUGGGUCGAUGUAAGAGAUGUUGCGCAGGCUCAUUUGAAAGCGUACGAAGUUCCAGAGGCUGGCGGCGAGCGUUUCUUUAUCUGUGCUGGAAAUUACAGUUAUCAACAAAUUGCAGAUAUUUUGCGGGAGAAGGUCCCUGAAGUAAAGGAUCGUGUACCUAUCGGAAAGCCUGGCUCGGGAUUCGGGGGUGUUGAAUUGUAUACACCUGACGCCGGGAAGUCUCAGAGAAUACUUGGGCUUCGUUAUCGAGGCCUUGAGGAGAGUGCUGUCGACUCGGCUUAUGCCUUUUUGGAGCUAGAGAAACACUCAAAUUAA